UUGUUCUCCAUCCAUCCGUCCAUCCUCCUAAAGCUUACGUACCACAGUUCUCACCUUAAUGCUCUUCACAUCAACGCCUGGCCUGAUGUUGGCUGUUGCUCUGUCAAUAUACAGAUCUCUAAUUGCUUCUAAUGCGUCCAUGCUUUGCUUGGAUCCAUUUUCAUCUCCAAGUGUUUGUAGCUAGCGUCAAUUCAUUCACUUGGGCGAACUGUUUGCUCUCUUUAAUGAUCCAUGUUGUCAUGUUGAAGCGACUGCCGGAUAAUGCCAAAAAUGAUUUUCAUUUGACCGAUUGAGGGGAUGGAUCGGAUGGAAAACCAAUCCACCUCAAGAUUUGAAGAUCACCAUUCACACACAUUCAUUAUUAGUGCAGGAGUACAGUAGCACCCCACGCUAUAAAUUAGAAGAGAAAGAAAGAGAGAUUAAGAUUCAAUUUGAAUGAAUGUUGUGUUGGAGAUGGCGGCGAACCAUGAUGAGUUUUGCUCCGGCGGCCGGGCUCCAUCUCAAUUAGCUGCUGCAAAUAACAAAGAGAGGUGCAGCGGCAGCCCCUUCGUGGUUGAUCCAGGGCACCCUGCAGCUUCUAAUUGGGUUAAAGAAGACACAGCCGCUAGUGGUUCCAAGAGCCACAGUCAAGCUGAGAAGCGCAGAAGGGACAGGAUCAAUGCCCAGCUUUCAACUCUCAGGAAACUAAUCCCCAAGUCUGAUAAGAUGGACAAGGCAGCUUUGCUUGGGCGCGUGGUGGAACAGGUUAGAGAUCUCAAGAGAAAGGCAUCGGAAGUGAGCAAAGGGGUCACAGUUCCAACAGACGUAGACGAAGUGGCCAUAGACUGGUACUUGGACCAAGAUGGUGGCAACCCCCAAAACGUACUGAUCAGGGCUUCUGUUUGCUGCGACGACCGGCCGGAGCUUUUUGGAGAGCUCAACCGGGCGCUCGAUGGCCUGCAGCUGACGACUGUCAGGGCUGACGUGGCCUGUCUGGGGGGCAGGAUCAAGAGCAUAUUGGUGCUAUGCACAAACUCAAAGCAGCAGGGAAGUGGUGAAGAAUUAUUAGAGGGUGUUUGCAUAAACAAUGUUGUGCACUCACUUAAAGGGGCGUUGAGCACAAUUGCUUCAUCUUCCUCCUCACCCUCUAACUACUGCAUUAAGAGCAAGAGGCAGAGGUUCUUCUUGCCACCAUGAUAUGCUUUUCUUCACUAUUUUUUUAUUUAUUUUUUUCUAUUUUAUUGGGAGAUAAAAAAUAUUGUUCCUCCUCUGACAACACUAAACUGGGAUUGGGUUUGUAAUAUAUAUAUAUAUAUAUAUUUAUAUCUAUG